CGGAUGGCAAACUCUAUAUCGCCUCUACCGCCGUGGUUAUGGGAGAGUGUGUGAAGCUGUGUGUGUGCAUAGGCAUUAUUCUGGCUACGUUCAACUACAACAUAAAGGCCAGCAUUCAACACUUACGAGAGGAGAUCAUCAACAAGCCGACGGAAACGCUCAAGAUGAGUGUACCGGCAAUCCUGUACACACUCCAGGGCAAUCUCUUGUUUGUCGGCAUCUCUAAUCUGG